AUACAUACAUACAUACAUACAUAUGCAUGUACAUACGCACAGAUACACACACACAUACCCUCUCGCUCGCUCGCUCGCUCGUUCGUACGAUAAUGUAGCUCCACUACUAUUAAACUUCAACUUAACUCUCUUCACUUCAGACAACCAAGUAUUUGGUCCAAAAUCUCUCUUCUGUUAUUUACACAAAAUACUGCUGGAUAUCUUUUUUUCAUGGAAUGAGAAAGAAAAUAUUUGCGACAAAAAAACCCACCUAUUCAAGACCUUUUACUCUUUGAUACAGAGUUCGAAGAAAAUGGUACAAAACGUAAUUAUUGAUAGCUACUACGAAUUCCAGUCAGAAAACAUGACAAUUGAAGACGUUACCUCUUUCAUAACAGAACCACCGAACAGUACGAGAACUUGGAAUAGUUCAGCACUAGAAAGACUUCUCGAAAUAAAUAUGGGACCUCGACAAAUCAGUUCACCUUGGAGUCUUACCACACUCUAUGCCAUCAUAUUCCUGUUGGGAUUAUUCGGGAACCUUUGUACAUGUAUUGUAAUAAUCCGCUACCGUCAUAUGCAUUCAACAACCAAUUUCUACCUCUUCUCUUUGGCAGUUUCUGAUAUUCUUAUACUGGUUGUAGGUUUGCCUUCAGAAAUUUACGGAAUUUGGAGUGCUUACCCUUGGCCAUUUGGACUCAUCUACUGUUUCUUCAAAUCAAUGAUGUCAGAGGUAACAUCUUAUGCUUCAGUUCUAACCAUUACUGCAUUCACCGUUGAACGUUACAUGGCAAUCUGCCACCCUCUCUGGGCUUAUACAGUAUCAACACUGAGCCGAACCCUGAAGGUGAUAUUGGGUAUCUGGAUAACUUCUAUACUCAUAGCACUUCCAUAUCCACUGUACACACGAUUGAGCUACCUAGUGAGCAACCCAGAGACUGGAGAACCGCUCACUGAUUCUCUCCAAUGCACCAUUCCCAAGGAGUUUUUAGACGGUAUGACAAUCAUGUUCAAGAUCUCAACAUUCCUCUUUUUCGUCACGCCACUGUUUGUGCUCAUUAUCCUCUACACAUUGAUUGUUAUCACAGUAAACAGAGCUACUGUUCAACGACCGUCACAUAAUCAAAGAAGGUUGACUUCUAUUUCAACGAUAUCCAGUAGCGGACGAAGUAACUUGGCUAACAGCAGGCGAAGCAAAGCGAUAUCAAAUACACGAGGAUCCGUUUUGAAACUUCUAGUUGCAGUCGUAGUUGCCUUUUUCUUUUGUUGGGCUCCAUUUCACAUCCAGCGUCUUCUCACACUUUAUGUCAGUAACUGGACGCCACCUUUAUUACAAAUACAUUUACAUUUAUUUUAUAUAUCGGGGAUCCUGUAUUUUUCCCAUUCGGCUAUCAACCCAAUCCUGUAUAAUAUAAUGUCAGAGAAAUAUAAGUCUGCAUUCUUACAAACAUUUUGUUGUCGUCGGUGCAAGGAUGUUCAGCACAGAGUCAAUUCUGUAGUUACACAGCAUACCGGUUAGCAACAACCGAACGAAUAUCCACUAAGUAAAAAGAGAAAUAUGACUGUAGACGAAUCUACAGUAUAACCGAAAUUGUUAUGGUAAUUAUUUAAAAAGAUAGUCAUUAAAAGCUGAGAUAUCGUUCCCUUUAUAUCAAGAGCAAUAUUGUAAUAGGUUACAUUUUCAAAUCUAAAAUACUCAGCGUAUA